UAUAGGUGCAACAAUAGCAUAUAUUCAUAGUGCUAAUGCAGAAGGUAUAAUAGAUGCAGUUGCUUCUUUUCCAAAUGUUUCACUUGAACUUAUAGAAAAACCUCAGCAAGCAUUUUACAUAGUAGAUCAAAAAAGUAAUAAUAUAGAUUUACUUAUUCAAGAUUCAGAUUACCUUAAAUAUCUUGAGCAAGCAAAAGCCUUAUUUAAAAAACCACAAAGAUUUAACCAAUCUGUCAGAAUGAAUAGAAUAAAAGAAGGACUUAAUGAAACUCAAGAUAUUAUAAAUCAGUUAGCAGACCAAUUACAGAAAAAAAUGUAUAUAAAGAAAUAUGGAAUUUGUGAAGAAACAGGCCAUAGCAAGGGCAAAUGCUCCAAUUAA